CACAAAUUAGGGUUGGCAACUGGCACAAACCGUACGUAGUGGAUUGGGGAACUCAACCGCAGCCAUAAUGUACACAUACGUGUAAAAACAUGGGAUUCUCAUUCCACAGGUGUCACUUUUGAUUGCUGUAAGCUAGUAACUACCUCGUCAGGAUCAACACACCGCUCCUAACCGCUCUAACCGGUUACCUCCACAACUCAUCCUUAUCACUUUCUUACCCACCCUCUCUCUCUCUCUCUCUCUCUCUAUAUAUAUAUAUAUAUUCUCUUCCCUCCAGUAACUUAUUUAUUAAUUCCAUGGCUUCGGCAAAGGACAUGGAUCGGAUAAAAGGGCCAUGGAGUCCUGAAGAGGACGAAGCGUUACGGAGGUUGGUUCAGACUUACGGCCCUAGGAACUGGUCCGUUAUAAGCAAAUCCAUUCCGGGUCGGUCUGGGAAAUCGUGCCGCUUGCGGUGGUGCAACCAGCUGUCUCCGGAGGUGGAGCGCCGGCCUUUCACGGCGGAGGAAGACGAGGCGAUCCUGAAGGCUCACGCCAGGUUCGGGAACAAGUGGGCCACCAUCGCGCGCUUCCUCAAUGGCCGCACCGACAACGCCAUCAAGAACCAUUGGAAUUCCACCCUCAAGAGGAAGUGCUCCGAGCCUCUCUCCGAGCCUCGGCCUCUGAAGAGAUCCGCCACCGUUUCGGGUAGUCAAUCCGGAUCCGAUUUGAGCGAUUCGGGUUUACCCAUUAUUCUUGCAAGAAGCGUGAGCGUGACGGUUGCUCCCUCUAACCACCUUGCGGAAACCGCGUCUUCUUCAGUAACUGAUCCUGCCACGUUAUUGAGUUUGUCUCUACCGGGAUUCGAUUCGUGCGAUGGGGCUAAUAAUGGGCCUGGGCCGAAUCAGGGGCCCAGUUGCGGCCCGGUCCAGGAGAUACCGAUGCUUGGUUCCCAAAAGCAGUUGUUCAGCCAAGAGUUUAUGAAGGUGAUGCAAGAGAUGAUACGAGUGGAAGUGAGAAAUUACAUGUCUGUACUGGAACGUAAUGGUGUGUGUAUGCAAACCGAUGCCAUUAGGAUCUCGGUGUUGGAGAGGAUGGGAAUUGGUAGGGUUGAAUAAUGAAUUCAAGAGCGGAAAAUUAUAUUCAUAUUAGGUCAUGGAAAAAUGAUUAGGUGAAAUCGCAGAGAAAUAGUGAUUCUAUCUUUUUAUUUUUUGUUAGGUUAAUUAUCCUUUUUUUAAAUGAUAAUUAUUUUUUAUCUGUACCGAUGAAAAUGAGGGAGAUUAAAAAAUCAUGGAGAUAAAAAAAGAAAAAAUCAUUUUGUGAUA